AUGGAACAAUAUAUUCAUAAGAAUUCAAAGUAUCAGCUCGUUGUUGUAAAAACUGAAACUGAGUGUUUCGCAGAAGGAACGUUCAAUAAUCCAAUCGAGAUUGACGACGAGCCAAUUAAUGACAAUGAUACAAUUAAAACUGAUAUUCUUCGUCUUCCAGAAGAAGUAAUUUUAGAAAUAUUUGGACAUGUCAACCAAAUAGAUGCUACAAAUAUUAGAUUGGUUAACAGACAGCUUUAUAAGUUAGGUACAAUGAAAUUAUUCAAUUCAAUACUUGUUGCCUUCCCAGAAGACACCGGUCUUAAUAUCAAAGGCAAAUGUCACGUUGCAGCUAAGUUAUAUCUGGAAUAUCUAAUCAACUAUACCGUCAUUAAUGGAUUCCAAAAGAUUGCCAGAGUUCUUGGAAUGGCGGAGUUAAGUAUGGUUAAAAAUAUUUUACUCUAUACUGCAAAGGUAAAUAACUAUUCAGAUCAUUGUUAUUAUUACUUGGUCAACAAAUGUCCCUGGAUAACGGUCAACGUUAUCCUGCAUAGCCCAGUAAUGUUUGGGAAACAGUUUAUGAGACUUGACAAGAUUUCCAUGCUUAGAGUUUCCAAUGCAUAUCAAUUCAUUUCCGAUAUACCGGAUAAUUUCUCAAUCAAGAAAUUAUACCUUAUCGGGACACAGAGAGUGGGAUCAGACUCUUUGGCUCUUAUCCCCCAUUUAAAAGCAUUGAAAUUUCUCUAUAUGGAAGAUAACCGUGAACUCAACAUUUUCAAUCAAUUGAAACAGAGAAACAUAGCUAAUUUGAAACUUAAGCAUUUAGCAUUAAGGUUCCCACUGUUUGUGAUCCGACAAAUGGAGGAAUGCUUUGUAAUGAGUGAAAUUGUCACAUUUGAACUUCAAUUUUUCAAUCAAGGUACCCCAUAUGAUGAUUUGAACUGGUUAUCCACACGCAUGACAAAACUUAGAAAUAUUGAAAUUACUUUGUGGAAAAUGUCUUUCACAAUGGUUAUGAAGCAGUUUCAGGGACAUAUUUUACACAGAAUUAAACUUCACAGUUAUGCAACUGAUAAGGAAGUUCCUUCACUGCAGGUUGCAACUAUGUUGAAGGGUCGAGAAUCAGAGAUUACUGAGGUGUGGGCAACUUCUGGCACUAAUCAAUACUCGGGGAUGCUUAGUUCCACUUUAUUUUUCAGAACAACAAAACGAAGCAAUUCUUCAACUAAACAAAGCAUCCUGAAACAAUUUAGUAAAACUAAGUAUCCCAACCUAAAUACAAUUCUUAUCAACGAGGGUCUUGUGUUGUAUUGCAACAUUCCACCUUAA